GCUCCAGGAGGUCAGGGAGAGGAAGGAGACGUCUCCGCGUUCUUUAUAUGCUAUUACGCCUUCUUCGCUGUUUUGUUCGCGGAAAGCGGCGAAUUCCCAGCGACGAUGGCGGAUUUCGACGCGAUCUACGAGGAGGAGGAAGAGGAACACGAGCAGAAUUUGGAGGAACACUACGUCGCGAUGGCGGACCCGAUCGUGAUCCGCGGAGCUGGUAACAUGACGGUAUUUUGUCUCAGUAAUCGUUUUGAAUCAGAGUUUCCUAACGGCCUCAUAUCCAGGGUGGCACCAGAAGAAUUUAAGGCAACCGUUAUGAGAAUAAAUAGUGUACUGAAAAAGACUUUACCUGUUAACGUUAAGUGGCUAUUCUGCGGUUGUGUAUGCUGCUGCUGUACCCUAGGAUGUUCUCUGUGGCCUGUCAUCUGUUUGAGCAAAAGGACUCAACACUCGUUAAACAAAUUGUUAGAAUGAAAUAGUAGGCUUUAUCAUAAACUUGGAUUACAUUGGAGAUUGGCAAAACAAAGAUGCGAUAGCUCUUCUAUGAGGGAAUAUGUAAUUCUAAUAGAAUUUAUUCCAAAGAUUCCAAUCUAUAAGCCCGACUAAGUAAACACUAUAUUAAAUUGUGCAAUUAAUAAUACAUCAAUAUAAUUUUGUGCAAUGCAACUUACAUGCAGAGAAAUGCAGAACAGAUAAAGUGCCGCUAUGAUGAAACAGGUACUUUUUCUUGGUACUUAU